AUGAACGACAACGAGUAUUAUACGAUGGACGACUGGUGGCGGUGCAAUUAUUUAUUUCGUCCACGAAAUUUGUCUCUACGAUCGAGGCUCUAUUACGUCACCAUUUUUGUAAGUGUCGCUGUCGUCUUGAUUCUUGUUUUACGUGAAACCGAUCGACACAAAUUGCAGCAGCUAGAUAAUCGGCAUCGAAAUGUAUUAGUGGGAACAAGUCCAACAAGAAACAAGAUCCAUCAUACUUCUCAGCAUCAGCAGCCAUCAAUUAUUCUCUACUGGACGAAAUUCUUUGGGACCAACGAUUUCGAGGUUGGACUAGGCAGCAAGCCAUUCGCUUCUUGCACAAUAGGUGCUGAUGAUGUUAACGCAUCGAGUUGCUGCCUGACGACGACGGAUCGAGGACUGUUGAACGACAGCGACGCCGUCAUCUUUCACGGUCGGGACCUUCACGUCGAAGAUUUGCCUCCACCCGGAUGGAGACGUCCUCAUCAAAUGUUCGUCUUCUUUCUGCUGGAAUCGCCCGUCCACACGGACCUGGAAUUUCUACAGCGGCCCGUCUUCCGCAAUUACUUCAACAGGACGAUGACGUAUCGCCGCGACUCGGAUGUCGUUGAACUGCACGCUUACGGUCGCCUGCGAUGCAUCGACCCAUCAUCACCUUCUUGCUUGCAAUUUCCACGUUAUGGAAUAAAUGCUGACUCAGCAUCAGUAUUAGGAGUUAUUGAAAAACAUCCAGCAGCAGAUUCCGCAGCAGUGGUCCUGUCUGAUAUGAAUAAUGUGACAAUAAGCAGCAGCAAGAACCGCACUGUCGCCUGGUUCGUUUCCAAUUGCAAUUCAAACAGCCAGCGGGAAUCAGUGGUCCGCCGCUUGUCUCAAUUCAUUGCGGUGGACAUUUACGGGAAAUGCGGCAAUGGCAGCAACCAGCAUUCGUGUCCAAAUAAAUUUGAAUGCGAUCAGAUGCUGAGCCGUCAUUAUCGUUUUUAUUUGAGUUUCGAGAAUUCCCUCUGUCCCGAUUACAUCACGGAGAAACUGUAUCGACCGCUGGCGCACGACACGGUGCCGGUGGUUUAUGGCGGAUCCGAUUACUCCCUUUAUCUGCCGGCCGGCUCCUACGUCAACGCCAGAGAUUUCGAGAAUCCAGAGGCUCUGGCCAACCAUUUGAAGAAGCUGAUGGCCAACGACACCCUCUACGCGAGUUAUUUUCAAUGGAGAAGCCAAUACGUUGUCGAUGCGGCUCCUUUGGAUGGAUGGUGUCAUCUAUGUCGGUUGCUGCAGCUGAUGAUGCUGAGGGACCCGCUCGCUAAUGAAGAGAAAACGAUACUCGACGUGGCCGCAUGGUGGUCUGGUCAGACUACAAAUCAAACUUGUUCAUCACCCCCCAAAUCUCUUAUCAUUGUCUGA